AUGACAAAGACAAUAGGAAACCGAGACUGGCGAUGGCGAGCUCUUUUGUGGCAUUUUCUCAUGUGGACUACAGUGGAUGCGCAGACUCGUUACAGCAUCCCAGAGGAGCUCAAGCAAGGUUCCGUGGUGGGGAAUCUGGCCAAAGAUCUGUCUUUGGGGCUGUCUGAGAUAUUUGAGCGCAAGCUGCGUGUCGCCUCCGAGGCUGGUAAGCAGUAUUUCAGCGUGGAUGCAGGGAAGGGCGAGCUGCUGGUCAGCGACAGAAUAGACAGAGAGGCUUUGUGUGGACAAAGCGCCAACUGUGUGCUCCCUCUGCAGGUUGUGGUGGAAAAUCCCCUGCAAUUGCAUCGAAUUGAAGUAGAAAUCAGAGACAUUAACGACAAUGUUCCUCGUUUCCAAACGCAGGAAAUUAAAAUUAAAAUACCAGAAUCCGUUGCAGUGGGUACCCGUUUUCCAUUGGAGAGUGCCGAGGACCCCGAUGUUGGAAGCAAUUCUCUUAAAACAUACACUUUAAUGAAAAACGAAUAUUUUUCUUUGAAAUUCAAGGAGGCAAAAAAUGGUAAAACGGUUCCUGAGCUGAUGUUAGAGAAAUCUUUGGACAGAGAAAAAAUGUCCACUCAUCAAUUGCUUUUAACGGGAUUAGAUGGGGGGAACCCUAUUAAAUCUGGUACAUGUAAAAUUCUAAUUAAUGUGCUUGAUAAUAACGACAAUGUUCCAAUAUUUAAUGAAAAAGAGUAUGUUGUCUCUUUAAAGGAAAACAGCACCAAAGGAACGUUUGUAGUGAGAGUAAAAGCUGCAGAUGCAGAUGAAGGUGUGAACAGUGAAAUUAAAUAUUCCUUUGGUUCUCGUACUCCAGAAACUGUUUUAUCAACGUUUGAAAUUAAUGAACAAACUGGACAAAUUGUUUUAAAAGGAGCAUUAGAUUAUGAGGCAUUCACAUCUUAUCUGAUUGAUAUAACUGCGAAAGACAAAGGUGUACCUGAAAUGGAAGGUCACUGUCAGUUACAAUUAGAUAUAGAAGACGUAAAUGAUAAUGCUCCUGAAAUAGUUCUCACUUCAAAACCCAGUCCUGUACGAGAAGAUGCGUCACACGGCACAGUGGUGGCUUUGAUUAAGGUCAAAGACAUAGACUCGGGUAACAACAGCAAAAUUACACUGCAGCUACCUAAUGGCUUGCCUUUUUCACUUAAACCGUCUUUUUCAAAUAAUUACGCUCUGGUCACCAGUGGUGCUUUAGAUCGAGAGAAUACGUCUGAGUACAAUAUUGAGAUUACAGCCACUGAUGCAGGCUUUCCUCCUCUCUCUAGUAAGAAAAUGAUCUCUGUCAGCAUCACUGACGUGAAUGACAACCCUCCUGUCUUCUCUCAGAGCGCUUAUAAUGUUUAUUUAAAAGAGAACGGGGUCGCGGGCUCGAUACUGUACUCCGUGUCAGCAAGUGACCUGGAUACUGGUGAAAAUGCCAAAGUCUCUUACUCCAUUGUGGACUCGAAAGUGCACGACGUGUCCGUGUCGUCUUACGUUUACGUGAACUCGGAGAACGGCAGCAUCUUCAGCAUGCACUCGUUUGACUACGAGAAAGUCAAAGUGUUUCGGGUUCAGGUUGAGGCGAAGGACCAGGGCUCCCCGUCUCUCAGCAGCAACGCCACCGUCCACGUUUUCAUCCUGGACCAGAACGACAACGCCCCCGCUGUCAUAUACCCCUCCCCCCACGCCGCCUCCCACCUGAGGGUGCCCCGCUCGGCCAAGGCGGGCCACCUGCUCACCAAGGUGACGGCCGUGGACGCCGACUCGGGCCACAACGCCUGGAUCUCGUACAAAGUGGCGGAGGCCACGGACGCCUCUCUGUUCACGAUCAAUUUGUACACGGGGGAGGUGAGGACCAAACGCGCCGUGUACGAGCACGACGACUCCUCUCAGAAGCUGAUCGUUGAAGUCAAAGACGACGGGGAGCCGGUCCAGUCGGCCACCGUCACGCUGUCCAUCCUGCUGGAGGACGGCGUGAGCGAGCCCGUGUUGGAGCUGAGACACAAGGCGUCCGAGCCCGGCAAGAAAGGCGGCAGGAUCACGCUUUAUUUGAUCGUGGCUCUGGCCUCGGUGUCCGUGCUGUCUCUGCUCACUUUGCUCGUCUUGGGCGUCAAAUGCAUGAAGAGCAGCACGAGCGGCGCCACUUGCUGCGUGCGGCGGACGCUAUCGGAUGACGACAAGAAGCCCAACAGAAAUUUGCACAUUCAGCUCAACACCGAUGGACCCAUCAAGUACGUGGAGGUUCUGGGAGGAGACGUCAUGUCUCAGAGUCACUCCUUCCGGUCGUGCAUGUCUCCCAUGUCGGAGUACAGUGAUUUCACGUUGGUCAAGCCCAGUAGCACCACUGACUUUAAGGAGGUCAUCAGCGUCCUGGAUGCUUCUUUGCCUGACAGCACCUGGACCUUUGAGAGCCAGCAGGUGAGUGCUACUUUAGUUUGCACUCAAGGGGAACUCAGAGCAUUCCACCUCAUUGCCAUUUCAACGUUUCCCUUAUUUUUGUUCAACUAGUAGUGAUCCAUUCUCAGCGAUACGAGACUGACCGUAUUUACAAUUUGUGUUCACUUAUUGCUGCUGUCACUUGUCAUAGCUUGAGUGAAGUAAGUUUACAGUUGCAUUUAGUAACAAUUCAGCAGUAUUUGAAUGCAAAACAAUCUUCAAAGUUUCCCACAGUUGUAUUUUUUUUUCAUUUAUUCUUUUUUAACUCGAUUAUUACUGCACACAGUUUUGCCAACUGCCUCAUAUUGUUGUGAUCUUACCUUCUUGCCUCUCAGUUUUGUGCAUGAGCAAUAAUUGUUACCCAAACGGCGGUUUAAAUUAAUUUGGUGAAUGAAGGUUGAAAAU